AUGACAGUCAAAGCCUUAUUUUCAACUCCCUCCUCCGAGCCUUAUUUUAAAGACAUAGAAUUACCACCUCCAAAAGACCAUGAAGUUACUGUGCAAUUGCUUGCGGUAGGAUAUAACCACUUGGCCAAGGCAAGAGCAAGAGGGGCACACUACACGGCGUCCAAGGAUGAAACCAUAGUUGGAAUUGAUGGUGUGGGAAAAGUGAAGGGAACUGGUGAAUUGGUGUAUUUCAUCUCAAUGGGUGGAACUUAUGCUCAAGAGUUGAACGUUCCUAAGGCAGCACUCUACCCAUUGCCAGCGAACUCCAGUGAGGAAGACAUCGACCGAGUGAUUGCCUUGGCUAAUAGUGCUUUUGCAUCGGCCAAUGCUUUCAGCAACAGAAUAGACAAUGUUCCUGAAAAUGCCUCUAUGGCAAUAUUGGGUGUUACUGGUACUUCUGGAAGACUCGCAAUUCAAGUGGCUAAGAAUAUGUUUGGCGUGAAAACAGUAAUUGGAAUUGGAAGGUCGCAGACAAAGUUGGAGCAGCUCAAGAAGGACGAGCCAUUGUUGGACGAUGUGAUUUGUCUUGGAAAAAGCGAUGAAAGUAUCAUUUCCAGUGGAAAAUUAAGCGACGUCGAUAUAGUUUUCGAUUUGGUUUGGGGAGAUUCUGCCUCGAGAAUUUUGAAUGCUGCCGUAAAGUCAAAGAUUGUACCUCAUAAACGGUUGAUUUGGGUGCAAACCGGACAAAUUGGCGGUGAUAAAGCCGAUAUUUCUCCUAUGGCAUUGAGACUGACCAACUUGGUGAUUGUUGGAAGUGGAUUCGGACCCCAGCCUUUCUCUGAAAUUGUGAAACUCACCAAGGUACUUGUUGAAAAAUUAGCAGAUGGAACAAUUGGAAAGGGUGUUCCUUAUAAGCCAUUGCCCUUUGACACUGCAGAUAAGAGAUGGAACGAUGACCUUGGAGACGAAAGGGUGUAUUUCAAGUUUUAG